CACCGAGAGACAAACUCCGGAGCCGAAAGCCUCCUGGUAAGGAAAGCCAGAGGGUUGAGACACUUCUUCGCCACAGUACCCGCCAUGUUGACCGAACUGCGCAGUUUGGGGCAGAAGCUUCCUCAGUCUGGCUCUGCCGUAACGGACUGUGGGAGGGGCCAAAGCACAGCCCAAAAAACAGAAGCGAGAGUAAAAUACAGCAGCAAAGGACUAAAGGAGGCGACGGUCACCCUCACGCAUUGUUUUGACAGGACAAGAAAUCUGACCAUGGGUGUGGAUUACAUUGAGUAUGAUGACUAUUCUUCAAACAAUGAAACUGACAACAUCACAAGUACAGAUGGGCUUUUCUCUUUCGAAAGUUCUCAGUUUUCCAUGACUCGUGUCCUGGUGGCAGUCAAUAUCAUCAUAUCAGUCUCUGGGCUUGCUGGAAACUUGUUGGUGAUUUGGAUCUGUGGAUGUAAAAUGAAAACAACCGUUCUCACAACCUGGUAUACCAGUCUGGCCAUUUCAGACUUCUUAUUUUGUGCUUUUUUGCCGCUCGAAGUGUACUACAUGAUAACCUCGCACUGGCCUUUUGGACCAGUGUUAUGCAAGCUCACUUCUUCCGUCCUGUUUCUCAACAUGUAUAGCAGUGUUUUUCUUCUGGUUUUGAUCAGUGCUGAUCGCUGUGUAAUGAUUUUAUGUCCAGUGUGGGCACACAAUCACAGGACAGCGAAGAAAGCAUUGGGAGUGGUUGCCCUUAUGUGGCUCCUCUCUGGACUCCUGACGCUGCCCUCGCUGAUUUUCAGACAGACCACAGUCCGCGGCUCAGUCACCCAGUGCCACACAGAUUAUACGGAGCACUACAGACACAAGGCCGUGGCUCUGAGCCGAUUUAUCUGUGGAUUCUUGAUUCCUUUCCUAAUUAUUAUAUUUUGUUGUGUUGUGCUUGGUGUAAAGUUGAGAAGGCUGACAACCAGGUCAAAAAAGCCUUACAAGAUCAUGGUAGCACUCAUUGUGUCUUUUUUCUUCUGCUGGGUCCCCUAUCAUACCUUUGUUCUUUUGGAGUUGAACAUUAAGAACUACAACUUGGAAGUAAUUAAAACUGGACUGAAAGUGGGGGUCUCUCUGGCUUCAGCGAACUGCUGUAUAUCACCCAUUCUCUACGUAUUUGUUGGUCACGACUUCAAACGCACUUUGAAACGAACUCUGACAUCAAGGAUUGAGGAGGCAAUGGCAGAGGAUUUACGCACAGGUGGUCCCUCCACCAAGUCCAAAUCAAUGGAAAUACAAAAAUUAAGUUGAUACUUUUAACAUGUAGAAUGCAGAAGCAUUUCAAAUUACAUGAAAAUUAUUGUGUAAUUGGGUGAAAAUGAUAUAACACGAUUGCUGAUUACAUCAAAAUAUGUUUAACUUUAGAAAAUUGUUUAAAUAUCAUUUUGAAAAAUGUGUGUAAUGUAUCAAACAUUUUGGCAAUAGCACAUAGUAAAUUGUUCGCAAUAAACUGUCUUUGUUAAAAAUGUGAAGCAAG